AAUGUUGGGUGAAGCUGAGGGUGGAGAGAUCCCCAAGACUCUGACUCAAAUGUACACACACUUCCUCAUCAUUCAGACAAACAUCAUCAGAGAAAAAUACUCAAAGAAGCAGGAGAGUGAUGAAGAAAUGCUCCUUAAACUGGGACAACUGGCUUUUCAGCAGCUGAAGAAAGGGAACCUGAUCUUCUAUGAUGGAGACCUGAGAGAGUGUGGUAUUGAUGUGACAGAAGCAGCAGUGUACUCAGGUGUGUGUACUCAGAUCUUCAGAGAGGAGUUUGGGCUUCACCACAGUAAAGUGUACUGCUUUGUUCAUCUGAGCAUUCAGGAGCAUCUCGCAGCUCUGUAUGUGCACCUGACCUUCAUGAAGGAGAAGAGAAAUGUUCUUAAACAGAAUCAGGUUUUUAACUGGAGGAUGGAAGAAAAUACAAUCUCAGAUGUACACAUCAGUGCUGUAGAUCAGACUUUAGAAAGUCAGACUGGACAUCUGGAUCUUUUCCUUCGCUUUCUUCUGGGUCUCUCACUGGAGUCCAAUCAGAAACUCUUACAUGUUUUAGUAACACAGACAGGAAGUAACCCUCAGAGCACACAGGAAACAGUUCAGUACAUUAAGGAGCAGAUCAGUGAAGAUCUUCCUACAGAGAAAUCCAUCAAUCUGUUCCACUGUCUGAAUGAACUGGGUGAUGAUUCUCUAGUGGAGGAAAUCCAACACUACCUGAAAAACAAAGUGAACUUUCUUCUUCCCAGCUUUCUGCUCUGGUGUUUGUGUUACUGACAUCAGCACAGGAGCUGGAUGAGUUUGACCUGAGUAAAUAUUUCAGUACAGAUAAGAUAACACAAGAUGUUGUUCUGAAGAUGAUGCCUGUGAUUACAGCAUCCAGUAAAGCAAUUAUCAGCUGUGAUGAACUUAGAGAGGAAAGUUGGUCACCUCUGUUCUCAGCGCUCAGAUCAGAAACCUCCAAACUGAGAGAACUUCAUCUGACUGUG